AUGUUUAUGGAUGUAGCAUUUUUAGUACAUUUUUUGGAUGUUCCGUUUUUAUUUCUUCCAAGCUUAAUAUUAUUGUUUGGAACAGCAGGAUUAAAUCUUUUGAUUGCAAUUAUGUUAUUUUUAAGUCAAAUUUAUAUAAAUGACGAUUUUAAACAAUGGAUACGACUAAAUAGCCGUGUAGCGACAUUAUUCACAAUUUUAUCAAUAUUUCAUAUCGAAGUCUUAAAGGUUCUUACAUCAAAUUUCUUACACUCUGAAACAUUUAAUGCUCCGAUUAGCAAUUCAGCAAGGAAAUGGUUAUCGAUAACUGGAUUAUUCCUGGUCGUUGUUGAAGAUGUACCUCAAUUUGUUAUCCUUGUAAGUACUGCAUUUCAAGGCUCUAGGAAAAAUUUUUAUGUUAAAAUCAUUAAUAACGUUGUUUGUGAGCUUUAUAAGCCUAUCAACAGGUCUAAUACACAGAAUAUACAAAAACCUAUUCUUUCACGAUCAGUUAUAAAAUGGAUUCCAUAUUCUCAAAUAGCAGAUUUAAAACGAAUAGCAGAAGGUGGAUUUGGUAUUAUUUAUAAAGCAAAAUAUCUAGGUGAAAUACCUAAAGUUAAAGAUAAUAGUAAUGUUUCAAAUAUCGAAUAUAGUAAAAAUGAAACUGUUGCCGUAAAAAGGUUCAUAAAUUCAAAAGAUAUUAGCAAGUAUUUUUUAAAUGAGUUAUCAUGGAAUAAGAAAAAAUUAAGAAUUUUAUGGAACAUAUUAAAUGGACUCGAAACUAUUCACAAUAAAGAACUCAUACAUCGAGACGUUCAUAGCGGAAAUAUAUUAUUUGUUGAACAAAAUGAUUACAGAUAUCAAUGGCAAAUUGGAGAUCUAGGAUUAUCACAACCUGCAAAUAAUACUUCAUUAAAUAAUGAAAUAUAUGGGGUAAUCCCUUAUAUUGCACCAGAAAUAUUUAAUGGUGCUCCAUUUUCAAAAAAAUCUGAUGUUUAUAUAAUACGUCAAACAGUUGGUAGUUGGCUUUAUAGGAAAAAAAAUGAUGACCUAUUUGAUCAAGCUGAAAAAAAACGAGUUAAAUUAAUGAAUUUAAAGAAACUUGGUCCUAAAUUAAUUGAAAAACAUCCAAAUGCAAUUUAUACAAGUAGAGCAUUAAGUUCUUUAAUUUCUAGGCCCUUAAAUUUGUCUGCGAAUUCCUUUAAUGGUGCACUAGAUUUUAAUGAAUUUUGUAUUAAUUUUUAUUUAUUAACUUCAGAGUAUAUUUCAAAAGAAUAUGAGUUUGAUAUGGAUACUCGGGGGUUACUUGCAAUAAAUGCUCAACCUUCAAAUGUAAUGUCAACAGAAAACUCUUCAAAAAAGCGAAGUAUUAAAGAAUUAGAAGCUAAAACACAAGUUUAUC